UCUAUCCAGCCAUGCAGAAGUUGCUGGCAGUGCUGGUGCUUGGGACUCUGCUCGUGACACCCAAGCUGGAGGCUGAGGCCCGGGGUCCCCCCUAUGGUGUCAAGCUUUGUGGCCGUGAGUUCAUCCGUGCCGUCAUCUUCACCUGUGGUGGCUCCCGCUGGCGGCGGGCAGGGGACCCCGAUGCCCUGAACAGCCUCCUGGGAGGGGACGAGUCGUCGGAGGCAGCUGGCUCCAGCGAGUGGGAUCCUGGGAGGCUCCUGGAGCGGUGGCAGGGUCGGGGCGGCCGGGGGGGGCUGGAUGAGAGUUGGGCCCCACCCCGGGGUCCCCGCGAUGUUGUCACUGGGCUCAGUGCUGCCUGCUGCCGCUGGGGCUGUAGCAAGAGCGAGAUCAGCUCCCUCUGCUAGAGCAGGGGAGCUGAGGGGUCCUCACUGGGGCAGCUGUGCUGUAAACAGACUCCAAUAAAG